CGACGAAAUGUCACAAUCAAUAUCAGAUUUAGUUGUUCGUUCAAUCACAUCAACGAUAACGAUAUUCAGUCGACCAUUCUCUCGUUAUCCAGGUGUACCGGUAGGAUCAAGGUCUACUGCUAUAAAACUAGAAGAAGGUGAAAAUAAAGAUAAAGUUUGGGUACUUGCCAGUUCGAGAUGUGACGAAGUUGUCAUUGAGAACAUCAAGAAACUAGGACAAGUGAAAUACUUAGUUGCACCAGAUACAGCGCAUUAUCUUUUCUUGAAGCAAUAUAUAGAUGCAUUCCCAGAUGCGAAAGUUAUAGGCGUCGAUGGCCUUCAAUCAAAGGCAAGCGACGUCAAAUUUGAUUACAUCUAUGGUCAAGAACCAGCUGACAAGAAAGUGGGUUAUGAACCUGAAAUUCAAGUUGUCUGGUUUGAUAAAUUCAUCAAUCGCGAUCUAGCAUUUUUCCAUCAACCAACUAAGACACUCGUUCAAGCAGACUUGCUAUUUAAUUUGCCAGGAUAUGAACAAUACUCUAAUUCCAAGGAAUCAGCUGAACCAUGGGUUCCAUUCGUGCAGAAUUUCAGACCGGGUACACUCACACAUCGUAUAGCUGCUAUGGCGAUGUCCAAAAAUGAUGCUGAGAUAAAGAAGGUGUAUGAGUGGGAUUUCGACAGAAUAAUUCCAUCACAUGGUGAUGUCAUUGAAACUGGAGGGAAGAAGGCAUGGUAUGAUGUCUUCUCUAGAUAUCUACCAAAAUCUUAGCUUAAAGUCUAAAUUGUAAUGAAUAUAAGUUUAUCUAAUAAUAUAAUCUACUCUGAAGGUGCUUUCCAAU